AUGGCAAAGAAGCCAAGAAGCUUGGGUCGCCAGAAGAUCAAAAUCGCCAAAAUAGAGAUCAAAAACCACUUGCAAGUCACCUUCUCAAAGCGGCGCUUUGGAUUGUUCAAGAAGGCGAGUGAACUCUGCACGCUUUGCGGGGUUGAGCUCGCUAUCUUAGUUCUCUCUCCAGCUGGGAAGGUCUUCUCUUUUAGUCAUCCGAACAUCGAUUCCAUCAUCAAUCGGUUCCUCACGAAAAGCCCUCCGCCAAACCCUAGUUGGCGCCACCUCGUUGAGGCUCAUCAGAAUGCUAACUUACAUGAGCUCAAUUUACAACUCGCUCGAGUUCUCGAUGAACUAGAAGCCGAGAAGAGGCGUGGUGGAACUCUGGAUCACCUGAGAAAAGCUAGAGAGUAUUGGUGGGAAGGUCCUAUAGAUGGGCUUGGUCUGCAUGAGCUUGAACAACUUAGGGAUUCAUUAGAGGAGCUUAAGAAGAACGUGAUUGCUCAAGCUUAUAAGCUUUUCAUUGAGGGCACGACGAACCCUAAACCUUUUUUCUUAGUGAAUGGAAUUGAAAUGGCCAAUGGCUUUGAGAGUAAAUCCACUCAGAUUAGUGCUUCUUCAACCAUUCCUCAUGUCCAUAGCGUUGGUUACAAUCAUGGGUUUUUCUAA